CGGCGAGGGAAGAAGGAGCGCACUCGAAGGAACGUCACGCGUCGAAGGCAAGGAGGAGGGUCAGGGUAGGGGCUCCACUACCCAACGCUUUUUAUGUGGUUGACUGUUUUCCAGGACAGUCUACUUUAUAUGAGCUUGUAUGUGCCGACGUAGAUGUAUGUGUGUGUGCGUUUGAGAGUGUGUUUCCUCUUUAUGCGGGAGAAGAAAAGAGGAUAAAACAUACGGAGACAGCCUAGACAUUACCUACGACAAAAGGAAGUGAUCCACUGAAGUGCCAGAGCCCAAUGGAACAUUUUUGUGGAUCGGGCCGCCCGCUCUGGGAUGCAAACCUGACCCUCUACACAGAGCACCCCGACCUCUCAGAAUGCUUUCAGCUGUCCGUGUUGUCAUGGAUACCUUGUAUCUACUUGUGGUUGACCUUCCCGUUCUACGUCCUCUACCUCAAGAGGAACAACAAGGGCUACAUCAUGAUGUCCAUCUUAAACAGAGUCAAAACGAUAUUUGGCUUCAUAUUGUGGAUAGUUUGCUGGACAGACCUCUUCUCCGCGUUCCACGAAAUGCAGCAAAGCAGCGGGCCCAAACCCCCCAUAUUCUUUGUCACGCCACUGGUGGUCGGCAUGACGAUGCUCCUGGCAACCUUCCUAAUCCAGUUUGAGCGUCUCAGGGGAGUCCAGUCCUCAGGAGUGCUCUUCAUCUUCUGGGCGUUGUCAGUCCUGAGCGCGAUUGUGCCUUUCCGCUCCAAGAUCCUCCAGGCGUCUGCCAAGGCGGAGAUCGAAGACAAGCUGCGAUUCACUACGUUCUACAUCUACUUUGGCCUCAUCCUGGCUGAGCUCCUGCUGUCCUGCUUCAGUGAGAAGCCACCCCUCUUCUCUGAUGUGGUCACGGACCCUAAUCCUUGUCCUGAAUCUGGUGCCGGCUUCCUGUCCACCAUGACGUUUUGGUGGUUUACAAGGAUGGCUAUCAAGGGUUACAAGUCUCCUUUGGAAAACAAAGACCUGUGGUCUCUAAACAAACGAGACCGGUCAGAUGUCAUCGUUCCCAAUCUGCUGAAAGAAUGGGAGGUGGAAAAGGCCAGGGUUCAAAGCCAGCAAGACAAGCAGACUCAGGCCCUGUACUCCAAAGUGCCCUCAGGCGGCGCCGCUGCGGCCAACAACCACGCGGGCGGAGGGACUGGAAGUCCAGAGGAAGUGGAGGUCCUGCUAACCAAACAGAAGGUGUCCCACCAGCCCUCCUUCCUGCGCUCGCUGCUGCGCGCCUUCGGGCCCUAUUUUCUCAUGGGCUCGGCCUACAAGCUGCUACAGGACCUCAUCACCUUUGUCAACCCGCAGCUGCUCAGCUUGCUCAUCUCCUUCAUCAAGAACAAGGAUGUGCCGUCGUGGUGGGGCUUCGCUCUGGCCUUCCUCAUGUUCGGCUGUGCCAUCCUGCAGACCCUCAUCCUGCACCAGCACUUCCAAUACUGCUUUGUCACUGGCAUGCACCUUCGAUCCGCCAUCAUCGGGGCCAUCUACAGAAAGUCGCUGGUCAUCACUAAUGAGGCGAAGCGGUCAUCAACGGUGGGAGAGGUGGUGAACCUGAUGUCUGUGGACGCCCAGCGCUUCAUGGACCUCACCACCUUCCUCAACAUGCUGUGGUCAGCUCCGCUGCAGAUUGUGCUGGCUCUCUUCUUCCUCUGGCAGAAUUUGGGCCCAUCUGUCCUGGCUGGGGUUGCAGUGAUGAUUCUCCUCAUCCCCCUCAAUGCAGCCAUUGCCAUGAAGACCAGAGCUUACCAGGUUGAGCAAAUGCAGUACAAAGACGCUCGCAUCAAGCUGAUGAAUGAAAUCCUGAAUGGCAUCAAAGUGUUGAAGCUCUACGCCUGGGAGAAGUCCUUCCAGGAGAAGGUUCUAGAAAUUCGGCGGAAGGAGCUCAGUGUGCUGCGCAAGACUGCCUACCUCAGCGCAGUCUCAAUCAUGGCCUGGACAUCCGCCCCUUUCAUGGUCGCCCUGACAUCAUUUGCCGUGUAUGUAACAGUGGACGAGAACAACGUUUUGGAUGCUCAGAAGGCCUUUGUGUCCCUGGCCCUGUUCAAUAUCCUCAGGUUCCCCCUCAACAUGCUACCCCAGGUCAUCAGCAGCAUUGUGCAAGCCAGCGUGUCUCUGAAGCGAAUCCAGGAUUUUCUUAGUCACGAUGAGCUGGACCCUGAAGCCGUGGACAGAAAGCACACCGGCUCAGAAUUUGCUGUGGCAGUCAUCAAUGGGUCGUACUCAUGGGCCAAGCAAGACCCCACUACGCUUCACAACAUUAAUGUGAUGGUGCCCCAGGGCACGCUGCUGGCUGUGGUGGGACACGUGGGCUGUGGGAAGUCCUCCCUGGUCUCGGCCCUGCUGGGGGAGAUGGAGAAGCUGGAGGGGCAGAUCACGGUGAAGGGCUCAGUGGCUUAUGUGCCCCAGCAAGCCUGGAUCCAGAACGCUACGCUGAGGGACAACAUCCUGUUUGGCCAGCCCUACGUGGAGCAGAAGUACCGCUGCGUCCUGGAGGCCUGUGCCCUGGUCACCGACUUGGAAGUGCUUCCGGGCGGCGACCAGACGGAGAUUGGGGAGAAGGGCAUCAACCUCUCUGGCGGUCAGAGGCAGAGGGUGAGCCUGGCGCGGGCGCUCUACAGCGACGCCGAUGUCUACCUGCUGGACGACCCGCUGUCAGCCGUGGACGCCCACGUGGCCAAGCACAUCUUCGACCAUGUCAUCGGCCCCGAGGGGGCACUUCAGGGAAAGACACGGAUUCUGGUGACGCAUGGCAUCAGCUUCCUGCCGCAGGUUGACAACAUCCUGGUCAUGGUAGAUGGCCGAGUGUCAGAGAUGGGCUCCUUCCAGGACCUGCUCAAGCAGAAUGGAGCUUUCGCAGAGUUCCUCAGGAACUACUCGAUGGAAGACAUCAUAGAGGAUGAAAUGACCAUGGAGAUGAUCGAGGAGGAGGACGAGUCAUUCCCUGACGACGCACUUAGCAACCACACAGAUAUGGUGGACAACGAGCCAGUGGUCAAUGAAGCACGCAGACAGUUCAUGAGGCAGAUCAGUAUCAUGUCCUCCGACGGGGAGAACCCCAAGUCCAAGUCGAUCCGCAAGCGGCGCUGCAGCGAGCUCAAGCACGCGGAACCGACGGCGGAGAAGACGGAACCGAAGGUGGACAAACUCAUCCAAGCCGAGACAGCGGAGACGGGCAAGGUGAAGAUGAAGGUGUACUUGGAGUACGUGAAGGCGGUGGGGCCUCUCCUCUCGCUCUUCAUCUGCUUCCUGUACGGAUGCCAGAGCGCCUCGGCCAUCGGCGCCAACAUCUGGCUCACCCAGUGGACCAACGACGCCAAGUUCAACAAAACGGAGACAGACACUAAUAUGAGGGUGGGGGUGUACGCCGUACUGGGCAUGACACAAGGUUUGCUGAUUAUUGGCACCUCUUUACUCUGCCGAGCCUACAGCAUGCUGAAGGCGUCGCGCGACACCCACCAGCACAUGCUCCAGGGCGUGCUGCGUGCGCCUCAGGCCUUUUUCGAGCGCACUCCCACUGGGAGACUCCUGAACCGCUUCAGCAAAGACGUGGACACAAUAGACACGCUCAUCCCAGACAAUAUUGAUAUUUGGAUGCGCACUUUCUGGUACACUCUAGAUGUGCUGCUCAUAUGUUCUGCCCUCACCCCUCUGAUCUUCAUAGUUAUAGUGCCGUUAAUGCUGUUCUAUUGGUGGGUCCAGGUAAAUAGGAAUUUACCGUCUGCUAACUCGUUUUUAUUUAUUUUUGUUGUUGUUUUUGUUUUGUUAAUAUCUGACAAGCAUGCUAUAGAACAUCAUAUGUGUUAUCAUUGUGUAGUUUUGUCUUAUUUUAUGAUGGAACUUUUUUUGUAUGAAGUCUUUUUGCCACAGUUGUAGCAUGUGAUUUGGUAGUAGAUAAUCUUUUGCUAUUUUCUUUCUUUUCUUUUCUUUUCUUUUCUUUGAGUGGCUAGAGAGUCGUGGUUCAACAGCAAGGAGUGAACCCUGACUCAGCUGUGUGAAAAACUGCUGUUCUUUUACCAGACCUCCAUCUGAGCACCACACUGUGUUUGGUGUCUUAUUGAGUGUUAUGUAGAUCAAUCACCCCUGGUGGUCAGAGUUGGAAGCUGCACUUGCAGGAUAACUGUUACUGGCUUCUCCAUAACUUUCCAUACCAAUUGAAGUCAUAUUUCUUUCUAUGGAUGAGAGAGGUGCAUAUGUUUUCAUAUUUGAAUUGAUUUCUUUGAGUUUGUCAUAGACAUUGCCUGACUGUCUGGUUGAAAGAACAGUGUGUCGUAGUAGUUGUAGUAGACUUUUUUUCUCUGUUGUCACAGACCAGUAUUUUGAUGUACGGGUUUAAUGUAUCUCUAAAUGGCUCUCUGCAUCUUGCCUAGAUUAGGUUAACAUUUGAUUGCAAAUGUGUCUACUAAACUCACUAAUGCCUACCAUCCAUAUCAGGCAGAAGCUUAACUCGCUGGGAGCCCUCUCUUAACUGGCUGCUUAACCGUCAUCAUUAACUAGCAAUGAUGGCAAUGAUCAGAUUGAGAAUCUUCUCUUCUCUCUGAAUCAGCUGCCAAUGUAUAGACUUCGAACAGAAUUGUAUAUUUAACCCAACGUAUAGCCCCAUGACUGUCGUCGUGGAGAUUCCAUGGUAACACAUGGACAAAAACCAUACACAUAUCGAGUAUAUGCUUAACUAACCAUAACCAUGAUCAAAUAGAAGGCCAUGAGUCCUUUGAAAGAAACCGCUGGUGAUUUACAGUGGCUUGGUGCAUGUAGGCCUGCUGUACUCCACUCUGACUGGCAAAACAUUAGCUGAAAACAGGGUUGUGGGUUUUUUUUUUUUUAGCCUUGCUACUGCUUGUGUAGUGAUUUUCGUUUUUGGAUCAGUAGUUCUAUACUGAUCUGAUACUGAGUUCUAUACAUCUUCUAAACAUCUCCGAUCUUAAGGAAGUAGGUCACCGAAUCUUAGUUCAGCUUCAUUUGAUGGAAUACUAAGCUUACUACCUCCUACCUCAACUUGUUUUUGUCACAUUCUUGCUUUUGUCUGUUUGAUACUCUUGCAUGUUGGUAAGCUACUGUGCCUCUUCUUUUCUUUCAAAUAUUUCUGUUGUUGCUUUCAAAUGCUUUUUGCAUGUUUUCUGCUGGGCCUUUUAACAUGGCCAUAACUCUUUAAAGUUAACAGUUUCUUCAGUGCAACAAGGGCAAAGGAAAUGUUUUGAAUUUUAAUUUUCUGUGUAAAUUGCCAGCUACAGUACUAGUACUGUAAAAUUGCAAUGUUAAGUAAUCAAUGGUAAUUAUAUAGCAAUUCUAUGGUAAUUUAUCAUUUAUAUUUUCUCCUAUUACAAAAUAUUUAGUAUUUAUGUAUCCAUGUAAUGAAUCUGCUGUAGCAUUUCUGAUGAAUUGUAUGAUUGAAGAAGGACUUUGGGAAACCAUCCUCAUCAGUUAAACAUUGAUGAAAUUGGAUCUUAUUUUAUGCAUUGACACUUGACACUCGACAGAUUUCAAAUUUCCUCAAAUUUCAGACUUCAUAAUUACUCUGAAAAUGGUUUCCCUCAGUCUUCCCCUUUUUGCCUUUGAUGUGUCAGCAGCGUAGCUGUUGCUGACCAACAUUUCCAGCUGUACGUGCAGAUCUUACACAAUGUAUGUCUCUUUCAUCAUAUCCCUCCCUCUCCUUCUCCCCUCACCCUCUCCUCAUCCCCCCUCCAUCCCCAACCUAAUCUCCUCCAUAGAGAUUUUACGUUGCCACGUCGCGGCAGCUUAAACGGCUGGAGUCGGUCAGUAGGUCGCCCAUAUACUCCCACUUUUCCGAGACCAUCACGGGUACUAGCGUGAUCAGGGCGUACGGGCGAA